CGUUACUAGUUAGGGCAGACAGAUUCGUGCAGCGAAGUAGGCGCACCAUGAAGCCCACAAGCCUGACUGCAGUGGUCCUCAGCCUGCUCAGCCAGCAAGUCUUCGCAGGCUGGUAUGGAAAAAACUACCAGGGCUUCGGGACCGAAUUUGGCGGCGGAUACGGCAGCGGAUUAGGCAAUGCAUUUGGAAGCGGAUUUUGGCUAAGUGAUGUCGGGAGUGGCAUCGGUGGCGGAUAUGGUAGUGGAAUUGGUGGAAACGGUGGCUUCUGGAGCAACAGUUAUGGUAGCCCCUACACAACUCCCAGGGUCGUUCUUUACCCCAUUGUUUUGCCAAGCGGAAUCGGCAGCUUGUGGGGACCCAUCAGUGGCUGGUACGGAAACAGCCCUGUCGGGUACUGGGGGUCUUCGCGUUCUCCAUACAGCGUAUGGUUUUCCGGACCAUCUGUUGUUAGUCAACCUGGCGCUGGACUGUGGGGUCCGCGUAUGCUAGGUUCACCUGCCAUGUGGUACACGUCAGGCAAUCUCGGUGGUCAAAGCCCUUCGGGUGGGCUCUACAGAAUGCCGUUGCUUGGAGGAACCGGACACCUCAGUGGAGUCGGACCAAGCGUGUACGAUGGCAUCUACGAUGACAGCCCUUCUAUAGGUAGCAUUAUUCCAUCCAGCCGGAGUAGACAAAAUGGCGGUUUUAGAUUUCUGGGAAGCCCCAACAGCUUCAGCAUCUUUAGCAGCCUCAUAGGUAGCAGGGCUCCACAAAGCGGUAUUGGCGGCAGUUUCAGCCUCAUUGGUGACAACACCGACAAUAAUAUCGAUCUGAGCAGCGGGGAUGGUAGUUACGGCAGUGUAAGCAGUCUACCCAGUUUCCUUCAAAUGGGAGGACUAAGUGGAUAUGGCGGCAUUAUUUACAGUGGAAGUCCCUAUAUGAGAUUCCUGUGCCACAUCACUGGUCUCUCGCCAAGUGGUGUGCAGCGCCUUUACAGGAAGUACAGAAGAAGCGGCGUCAGAUCCAGCUUUUUGACUUACCUGAGGCGAAGGGGCUACCUAGGUGGCAACUAUGGUGGAUUUCCUUUUGAUUUUACAGAAGGUAGUGGAAGCCAGCCUGGAAGUGGUGGAAGUUUCUUCAACUGGAGAUCACAGCCAAGUUAUUACUACAGUUGGGGGACUCCCGUGGGACUUAGUGGAUCGGGUAGUUAUGGAUCGUCUAGCUACCCAUCACGAGCAAACUUUGACAGCAGCAGCUCUUGGAGUUCAGGAAGUUCUGGCAUGUAUGGGCCUCAGAUUGGGCAAACACAAGUGAAAGUUCAAUUGUAAUAAGGAUGAAUGUUACAAGUCAGAACUGCAUCAUCAAAAGAAUGCAUCAAGGAAGUUUGAUCAAGCAAGUUUGAUCAAGCAAGUUUUUUGUGUAUAAGAUUUUGUAGUAUUGCGUUUGAAAAUAAAGUCUAUGAAUAUUUUCAAGCAA